UUGUUCGGAACACAAUAUGUAAAAGGCAUGAUCCUGUCUGCUGGUCAAUGCAGUGGCCUACCAGAGUCUGAACAUUUUGGUGGACUUAGAGAAAGUGUAUUUUGUCGCUGCAAAGCUAUCGUCUUGGUUCCUGGAACAUUACAGGUCAUACCAACUCAUUGAUAGUUGUUUCAUGGAUAUAGAAAUUCUGUACCCAGAAGCUUUGAAUGAUUACCACCCAUUGGCUGCAUACCAGGUUGCUGGACAGUUGAUGGUGACCCCAAAGGUGUGUCUGCUGCAUUGAGUAUAAUGGCUUUGUUACUGUUAGUCCACAUAAACCCCAAACUAAUACGGAAGAUUCGGCUGACCAGGGCUCCUGAAUCUUUAGAGGAACUUCAUGACAGACUACGGGAGAAACUUGCACUUGAGGGUGAAUUCUGCAUACAGUAUGAAGACCCAGAGUUUGGCGAUGAACUUUGCAACUUAGUAGACAUCACAGAGUUGCCUUCGGAAAAGGCAGUCUUACAUAUUGUUUGGAGCAAUGACGAGACCCCAUCGACAUCAAAAUCACAAAGUCUUGUCUUGUCUUGCCUCAGUCUUGUGCAUCCUCCAUCUCUUCCCUUGAUACAGCCAUCAUCGGCUCACCAGAUUCAUGCCGCAGUACGUCUUCAGUUGUUCGUGCCUAUAGGAGGAGCAUUUCACUGUGGCCCACACUGUUCCCAAUACCCACAUUCUCGUACGAUGUCGAGCUGAAACUCCGCAAGGGGAAUGACCAGUUUGAAAAAACUGGAAAUGGAUUACAUGUAACCAGAGAUGUGAAAAUGGAGAUUCUGGACAAAUUGGCACAAGCUAUAUUUGCUUUCAAAGCCUACCCCGAUAAGUAUGAAUUUGAUUCUGUUGCCUCUGAGCUUGUCAAACAACAUCCAUGCCUCAAGGAACCUGGUGCCGGCACUGGAUAUGCUGGCUGGACAACCAGCAUGAAGUUCAAGCUUGGAAACUAUAGAUCUAAAUUACGUCAGGCUGGAUGUAAUGAGGUUAGUGUCAACAAGAAAAGAGGAAGGGAGGAGGAUGGUGAUGCGGAGGGAAGGUACUCUUUGAAAAAACCAAAGCGAGGUGAGGUCAACCAUGUGCCAGAUCAUCCCGAAAGCUACGACGAUGAUGCCCUGGAAGACAUUAGAUGUAUCCUGGUAGAUGCCAUGAAAAAGAAAAACACGGACAUGGAUUUCAUCAAAGAGAAGAUGGACCUCACAUUCUCCCUUAGGAGGAAGGAGAUCGUGGAGAUGGAGCCCAUGGUUGCAGAAGUUCUGGAGAGAUGGCCAGGUCUAUUUCUUAAAGAACAGGCAAGAAAUUUCUUUCUUUAUGAAAUGUAGUUGCGGGCUCAUUUUAAACAGGAAUGAUGUCAUGCAAAUAGUGAUAGACAUUCAUGGACUUGUAUCUAUCAGGAAGUGCUUUGCGUAUGUGUCAUAUAAUAGCAAUGUUCAAACGAUUGAAAGCACAAAUAUUACACGUUUUCACUUUCAGGCUUCUGUUUUUUUGUUUUGUAUUUGUAUUAUUCCGAUUUGUCAUGAGUUCCUACGUGUCACAACGAAGGACCUGUUGGGGACCUUCAGAGCUGCCCUCGAGAGGUAUUCCCCUCAACUACUGAAAUUGUACCGUGCUAGGAAGGGCGCCUUCGGUCAAGAGCUGGAAGACCUCUUGGGAAAGCUUGAUAAACAGACAUCUGAUAUGACACUUCAUCGAAGACAAGCGGCUCUGGAAGGUCUUCCAAUAUUUCAUCGUGAAAAUUCAAAGGAGCUUUUCCAGACAUGCAAGGUUGGAAACCAAUUCAGAAGACAAGCAGACCAAAGGCGUCCAGAUGGGUGUCCUUGCUGUGCUUGAGGAUGAUGACGCACCCAACGCACAGCCCACUGUCAUCCACAUUGCCGUCGUGUUGGAGGAGUCCAUUGUCCUCGCAGAUCUUCCAGACCUCCCAACAGCGACAACUUGUCCCAUAUGUGAACAGUGGGUGGCCAGUGAUAUUGUGGAAAUUCACGCCAGCACAUGUGGCGAACGUGAACGUGAUGAAGCUGAGUAUGGAGAUGGUAGCCAGGCACAAAAGUCAGAACGAGUGUUGGGCUUUUCUGAUAUAUCAGACUUGAUGAAGACUCUCAACGAAAGAGUCGACACCUCAACCACCUUCAGCAUUUGUGUGACCAGGGAGGAUAUUGUAGAACGUGGUUUGAAGCAGUGGCAGAGGCAGAAGCGCUCUUCUCCCCAAAACACUCUCAGGAUUACUUUCAUUGGAGAGCCGGGCAUUGACAAUGGUGCACUCAAGAAGGAGUUUUUAACAGAGAGGCGCUUCUUUGAGGGAGGGACCACCGGAAAAACUCCAAAGUACUCUAUCACAGAUGUGGGCAGCCAUAACUUUAAGACCAUUGGAGAAAUAUUUGCGGUCAGCAUUGUUCAGGGUGGGCCACCUCCGAAUUUUUUCAUGCCAUGGUGCUAUUACUUCAUCUCCACGGGAGAACUGGACUAUGGAUCAGUAACAGAAGAUGAUGUUGCUGACCUUGACCUCAAGAAACAAAUACAACAGAUCUGGGCAGCUGAUGACGUUGAUGUGUUGGAGAUUGACAAAAUAGUGGCGUGUGGUUACACAGGGCCCAUAUCCAUCCAAAAGAAGGAAGAAAUUGUCCGGGCUGUUGUCCUACACGCAACAGUGAGACUAGUACCAAUAUUGCAACAACUCUGCUCUGGUCUGGAGAUCUACGACCUUCUCGGCAUGGUCCGGGCGGAAAAGGACAUAUGCCGACAGCUAUUUGCACAAGAGCUUAGUAGGAAGGUUGAUUCUGAUUUCCUGGUGAGGUCCCAGACGCCCAUGUUCAGUGAAAAGGGAACAGUGAAACGCCAGCGAGAGUCGAGAAUCAUUAACCAUCUGCAGGAUUACAUCCAAGAUUUGGAGGAUAAAGGGUGCGGAACGGAUCGGAUCGCAAAGGUGCGGUAGGGAGGGGGCGGUAUAGCCCAGCUCAGUUCCGAGGUCGCGUUUCCACUGCCGACAGUACCCUUUGUGGUAGGCCGGAUGUCGAUCGCCGCGGCAGCUACGUAAACAUCGUAAACAACGUCUUCCUCCCCAAGAAUGCAGACGAACGUCUCCACCUCCUUGUUCGCCCAAGCAAGCGUUUUACGCGACAUGUUAAUUGUAAAGAAUAUUACCUCGAGGCUACUGUUUGUUUGUUUUUAUCCCCGCGUCACCCGGAAGUGAUGAUUCUGUCGACCAA